GAGUGAUUAAAACUCCCAUAACUCUAUACAGUCCUACACACAGUGGGAAUCCAUAUCCAUCUCUUUCCCAAAACAUGUACGUUUCCUAAGAAAACUAGGACUCGUUUCCUUAAACACUUAUCAUCGGAAUCAUACGUAAAUAGAAAUCGCUGAAGCUACAUUUCUAUCUCAAAAUCCUCUACGGCUCUCGCCAAUGUUAGGGUUCUUCUCCUCUCAUUGUGUUCUUCGCAAUUCGCUUGAUCUCAAAUUCAAAGCCCUGCCACUGUAACUAGACGAGAUUUCACCAUGAAUUUCACUGAGCGUGUUUUUUCCAACGGGUAUGAUGUACAUUCUUCACGUCUGUUUACGAAUUUGUUUCUAGUUUGAUCGAAUUGAUUCGUCCUGUUUCACUUCUACGUACGUGAUUUUGAUUUGGGUAUUAAUCUGGGUUUGAUCCAUGCUGAAAAAUAAAAAAACUUCGAACUUUCUAGGGUUUGCAAUUUUGGGUUUGGUUUAUGUGCCUGCGAGUAAAGGGAAAAAAAAUUUAAAAAAAAAUAGGGACAAUACUUUGGAUACUGAUUUCGAUUAGUGUUGGUCCCACAUGCAUCGUUUUGUGUAGGUCCGACACAGUUCAAUACUGAAAAGUUCGUAUCUUUUAUAGGUUUUGGGAUUUUGGGGUUUUGUUUAUGUGCCUUCGAGAACGCGGAACCAAAAUUAAUAGAAAGAUACUCUGGGCAGGUGUGUUCUUCGCAGAUUCAGAAACAUCUAGGUUUGCAGCCGUUCGAUUUGUGUUGGUUCCCCAUGUGAGAAUGACGUGCAUCAGACGGGUCUUAACACAUCUGUGUCUUUGUGUUUGUAGCACUGCUAAAAAAAAAGUCAAAACUUUUACGGCCCUAUGGAUUGUGAGAAAUGGUGUGAUAAGAAAAUUCAAGGGAAAGAGGGUUGAAGAUGGUAUGUGGAGCUUUCUACAUAUCAAAGGCGAAGGAGUCAAAGCCCCAAGGGGAUGAUGCCCACUUCAUCUGUGCAGAAAAACAAACAGUUGGGGUUGCAGAUGGUGUUGGUGGGUGGAGUAAAUCCGGAGUUGAUGCAGGACAGUACGCUCGGGGCCUUAUGGCCAAUUGCGUCAAGGCAAUUGAGAAUGUAGAAAAGAGUGAGGUUGAUCCCAGAUGUGUUUUGGAUGAAGCCUACAGAAACACCAAUGUUGAAGGAUCCUCAACAGCUUGCAUACUUACCCUCAAAAACAAUCAUGUGGUCGUUGCAAAUGUUGGAGACAGUGGAUUUAUGGUGAUUAGAGAGGGCAAAGAAGUUUUCAAAUCAAACAUUCAGCAACGCAGAUUCAACUGCCCAUAUCAGCUAGGAAACAAGACAUCAUCAGAUCGCCCGAAUGUAGCACAGUUGUACAGGACCCCCGUAGUACCAGGGGACGUGAUUGUCAUGGGCACGGAUGGGCUGUUGGACAACAUGUUUUCAGAAGACAUUUGUCAUAUUGUCAAGAUGAUAACUGAAAGUAGUUCAGAACCCGAGCAGGCUGCUUGGGCCAUAGCAGAACAUGCUUAUAAUAACUCAGUCGAUAGCCUUGCUCCUACUCCUUUUACGCAGGCUGCAGUGAUGGCCGGAAAAGACCGUCUUGGUGGCAAAGCAGAUGAUAUAACCGUUAUUGUGGCUUACGUCGUCGUGAAAUGAAUAUAUCGAUGAUUCCGGCUGCUAAGGGUGCAUAAAAUUUGGUUUGUAGGGAUGUUUGGUAUAUUAGGUAGAUUGGAUGGGCUUCUGAACCCUAUUUAUCAAUGAAUGUCUAUAUCAGGGUAAUAUUAAUAAUCAGGUUUUUGUGUA